UCCCCUCGAGUAUAUGUUGAACACCCGCUCUAGGCGUUUUACUGCUGCGAGAUAUCGGGUAGACAAACGUGGGCUACGGGAGUCCACGAGGCGUUGUUGUCCAUCGUGCCACCGCCUCUUCCGAUUCGAGACUCGCAAGGGACAUGAAUAAGCGGCUUUUGUUUUUGUGGAGGGAAUCGAGGAACUUGAGAUUUUGCUGGUGCUCACGAAUUGCUCGUCUUGUUCCCACCCCCCCAGAGUUUGAGUUGAAAUACUCGAGACAAUAUGAAGUCAUCAUUUCGACCGCUAAAGUCGAAUGCCUUGCGUAGUUAUACGUUAAGCCGUCGGGUUUUUCGGCAUGGUUCUACUCGAGGACUAGCGAUAUCGGGGGCUUCACGCGGUUUGACAGGAAGCCGGUUGAUGCAGCGGAGAUGCAUUGCUACAUCUGACUUGAGUUAUGUGGAGGGACCUCAAGAACCGCCUUUGCUCACAUGCACGAUACCAGAGCAUUUCUCAGAGAUAGUCUCGCAAUAUGGCGAUCGGCCAGCAGCCGUAUUCCGGUCUCCAACAACCGCUGACAUGAAUCCGACAUUAACUUCAACCAAGCCGGAGACUACGACUCUAACGUAUGAGAAUCUUGACACCCAGUCAAAUAUCCUCGCGCACUCGCUGCGGUCCCUUGGCGUAAAAAAGGGGGACCGUGUCGCCGUGAGCCUAGGGAACGUCACCGAGCACGCCGUGUUAACUUAUGCCAUCUUUAAGUUAGGCGCCGUUUUGGUUCCGCUAAACCCGACCUUCAACGCCUACCAACUCAGCGCCGCACUGUCCCGCCUUGGCGUCGAGGUCCUCGUUAUCGCAGCUAUUACGGACCUCUCUUAUAAGCCCUGCCGUGGCCGUAGUAACUACGACCUCUUGUCCGCCCUUGUAUCUGAUCUAACUAGUAGUAAAGUCGAAUCAUCGACUGUCCCCACGCUCAAGUCCGUGGUGCUCGUAGAUAACACGCCCGCUCACCCACUCGCCGGCUUUCCACUUAUACAAGACCUCAGUGCACUAACCCCCUAUUCCUCACUCCUCUUAUCUUCCUCCUCAUCUUCUUCCCUCUCCCGUUCGAUAACACCAGACGCUCCGCUCGCCCCAGCGGAAAUAAUUAACAUCCAAUUCACAUCAGGCACGACAUCCAUGCCAAAAGCCGCGAUGCUAAACCACACUAACAUUCUGAACAACGGCCGGCUAAUCGCAACGCGCAUGGGGCUUGAUUCUAGUGACCGGAUAGUGUGUCCGCCGCCGCUGUUCCAUUGCUUCGGUUCCGUGCUGGGGUUUAUGGCAACCGCAACUACGGGAGCUUGUAUCACGUUCCCGAGUCCAGCGUUCGACCCUGGAGCCUCCCUGUGUGCCGCCGCAGAGUUGCGCGCUACGGGGUUCUAUGGCGUGCCUACUAUGUUCGCGGCCGAGUUCGAGCUCCUCGCCAACCCAGCUUUCGCCGCGCGCUUGCCACCGGGUGGCCUUAGCAACCUACGCAAGGGCAUUGCGGCAGGCAGUUCGAUUCCGGAGCCGCUAAUGCGCGAGAUAGGAGAGAAGCUGGGACUCAGAGAUCUGGUUAUCUGCUACGGCAUGACGGAAACCAGCCCCGUAAGUUGCAUGACGGCUCCCACGGACCCGGAUGAUCGGCGCACGAGUACCAUAGGCCGCGCAAUGCCACAUACGACGCUUAAGAUUGUCGCGCCGGGCGACCGGUCACAGAUCGUGCCGCGCGGGCAGUGCGGCGAGUUAGCUGUGUCGGGAUACCUACUCAUGAAAGGGUACUGGAACGACGAGGCGCGAACGGGUGAGGACCUGAUUCGGGAUCAGGAUGGUAGGCUGUGGAUGUAUAGCGGUGAUGAGGCGCGCAUGGAUCGCGACGGGUUUGUCGAAAUCACGGGCCGCAUAAAGGAUCUGAUCAUCAGAGGUGGUGAAAACAUACACCCGCUCGAAGUCGAAAUCGCACUAGUAGAACACCCGCGCGUGCGCGAGGCCAGCGUCGUGGGGGUGCCAGAUACGCGGUACGGCGAAGUCGUCGGCGCAUUCGUCGCAGUGCAUGCGGGUGUCAGGACACUGGAAGACGGCGAGGUGGACGAGGGUAAAGGGGAAGCGUUGUCGAAGGACGAGGUGCGGGAUUGGGUCCGGAGACAGCUUUCGGGUCAUCUGGUGCCGAAAUAUGUAUUUUGGACCGACGAGCUCCCUAAGACGGCUAGUGGGAAGAUACAGAAGUUCAAGCUGAGGGAUGCUGCGAAGGAAUUACUCGGUAUAGCGACGAAAUAGAUAUAUAAGUCUGGACUUGGAAGGCUAGCAUUGCAUAGAUUAGGUAACUAUAAGCGCGUUUUAAACAUCUUCUAUACCAAAGACAGGCCCUCUCCUUUUU